AUGGCAGUGCCUGGCCAGCACAAAGUACAGCCCAAGGAUGAUGUGGGCACAAGAAAGGGGUUUAAACGCUACAAGUGGGAACUUAAAGACAGCAAUAAAGAGUUCUGGCUGGGGGGCCACGCCGUGGUCAAGAUUGUGAGUGUGGCCUGCCUGAGUGCUGGGCUACACUUCUUUGGAAAAGUGACCACAAACCCGAUCCUGAUCCUGGUCCUCACUAUGGAAAUAUCCAUCUUCGCUUUCUUCAUUUUCCUCUACAUCUUCGCCAUCAACAGAUACAUGCCCUUCAUCUUCUGGCCUGUCGCUGAAAUCUUCAACAACCUCUUCUCCUGCGUGUUCCUCGGAGGCGGCAUUGCUUUUUCUUUGAAGACUAAGCGAGUGUUCCAUGAGCCCUAUAUAACUGCUCUGGUUCUUAUGGCAGUUGCUGCAUUUUUCGCUCUCGUCGAUAUAUGUCUUCAAUUCAAAUACUUCAGAAACAAGAAGGGGCCCAACUGA